AUGACGGGCGCAGAUAUACAGGACCAACAAGGCCCUCAUGCCCCUUUGCUCGCUUCGUCCCAUGCUUCUUCGGACCAUGAUACCAAUGACUACGACGAGAGCCUGGCCUCCGAGCUGGCAUACUCCGGAGGGUGGUUCAUAUGGGCCUUGACCUUCUCAGCAGGAAUAAGUGGUCUGCUCUUUGGAUAUGACACGGGAGUCAUUUCGUCUACUUUGGUGACUAUUGGCUCAGAUCUUUCGAAUCGGCAAUUAACAACACUCGAUAAAAGCCUCAUUACAUCCUGCACUAGCCUGUGUGCGCUGAUCGCGAGUCCGUUCACUGGAGUGUUGGCGGAUAAGCUGGGUCGUCGGAAGGUUAUACUCGGCGCAGAUGCAUUGUUUGCAUUGGGUGCUUUGGUUCAGGCUUUUACAAGCCAGGUUUGGGGCAUGAUUCUUGGGCGCAGCAUUGUUGGCCUUGCGGUUGGAAGUGCGAGUGCGGUGACACCAUUGUAUAUAUCUGAGUUAGCUCCUUCUCAUGCCAGAGGAAGGCUGGUCACAAUCCUGUGUCUGUUUGUCACUGGUGGUCAGGUAGUGGCAUACAUAGCCGGGUGGCUGUUUUCUAGUACGACCGGAGGAUGGCGAUGGAUUGUGGGGAUUGGCGCAUUGCCAGCGUUUUUUCAAUUUGCCAUCAUUGUCCUGCUACCCGAGACGCCCCGAUGGCUGGUCCAGGCUGGAUUCGAGGCUCGGGCGAAGAAAGUUUUGGUCAAGAUCUACCAGGAUUGUUCUGGGAGUGACCGGGUGGUGGAUCGCGUGUUACGCAACAUUAAUGGGGAAAUCGUCCAAGAAGCAUCGGAGAUGGGGCAAAUCAAGUCCCCUGGAACAAAGCCGCAGUGGUUACAUGAUACCCUUCAGCGGGGUCAGCAGUUGUUGCAUGGAGGAAACAGAAGAGCGUUGAUCAUAGCGAUGAUGCUUCAGGCCGCCCAGCAGCUGUGCGGAUUCAACAGCCUGAUGUACUUUUCAGCAACCAUAUUUGCCUCGCUUUCGUUCUCCUCGCCAACACUGACGUCGCUCUCGGUGGCCAUGACGAACUUCAUUUUCACACUGCUUGCAUUUGUACUGAUUGACAGAAUUGGGAGGCGUCGCAUUUUGCUGUACUCAAUUCCCGUCAUGGUCAUUGCUCUCUUUGUCUGUGCCUUCUCGUUUUCAUCAAUGGAUGGUACAUGGAAUUCGCAACCACCAUCGCAACAUGAAGCAGAACACGAUGGAAGAAGUUCUCUUAUGCCCUUUGCAAUUCUGCUCUGCUUGACUGUCUAUACUGCAGCCUAUGCCUUGGGACUCGGCAAUGUCCCUUGGCAGCAGUCUGAACUGUUCCCUCUGAAUGUACGUUCCCUGGGGUCAGGACUGGCCACAGCAACAAACUGGGGAUCGAAUUUCAUCAUUGGCCUUACGUUUCUACCCAUGAUGGAGUUGAUCUCACCUUCAUGGACAUUUGCACUCUAUGCACUUGUAUGUGUGGCUGCGUGGAUUGCCGUAUGGGCGAUUUACCCCGAGAUGAGCGGACUUGGGCUCGAGGAAGUCAAGGGCCUUUUGGCAGACGGCUGGGGAGUCGAAGAAAGCUUAGAGAGACGUCGUAUCUCUAGGCACAUAUAG